UCAGCUUCCCGGACAUUGAAACACACCCUCUCAUCCUCCAGCGCUGCCUCUGCCGCUACCAAAAGCCCCAGCUAUCAAACUCUCUCUCCAGACCUCCCUUUCCGUAUAGCUGGCGGUACUGUGAAGCCAGGGCGAAGUAUGUUCUGCAGCUUGGCGAUGCUACUCACACUGUCUGUGUUUUGGGCUGUUUGAUCUUCCGGACCGCGGGACCAGCAGAUUUCAUCCCGCUCUGUUCCACUUUUGAGCUGCCGUCACCGAAGUGAAAGCGCACGGAUAUUAUGGACUAGGAGGGUUUGUUUUUUACCCCCCUUCUACACAAUGGCAUUCACGAUCUUCAGCACAGUCCUUGCACUUGUUCACAUCACACCAGUUUUAGGAUUCGGUGUGGAUCCAGCCCUGGAAAUCGACCUCUUCUCUGCUUUGGAACUGGAUGGGUCUACAGAGGGAAUCGUACAAGUCCAGGGAUACCACAAUGGAAGCAGGGCGUUCUUAUUCCGAGAUACUGCAAGAAUUCUGAAAGCAUCUCCGAUUGCGGUUGAACAAAUUUCUCAGAAGCUGAGGCACACACACGAGUUCACUGUUCUGAUUACACUGAAGCAGGUCCACUACAACUCAGGAGUCUUUCUGUCGAUCCAUCAUUCAGAUAAGAGAUACCUGGAAGUGGAGAGCAGUGGCCAUCGGAAUGAAGUGCGUUUUCAUUAUCGAUCUGGGAGCCAUCAGUCUCACACAGAGGUGUUCCCGUAUGCCUUGGCUGAUGGCCAGUGGCAUCGAGUUGCCUUAGUUAUCAGUGCAUCCCACUUGAUUUUAUAUGUCGACUGUAACAAGAUUUAUGAACGACUUAUUGAAAGGCCGUGUUUGGACAUUCCCACUGGCUCAACACUUUGGUUGGGACAAAGAAAUAAUAUACAUGGCAUUUUCAAGGGUGUGAUGCAAGAUGUUCAGAUUCUAGUGAUGCCACAAGGAUAUAUCACUCAAUGCCCCAACCUCAAUCGAACUUGUCCAACGUGUAACGACUUCCAUGGACUUGUGCAAAAGAUUAUGGAGCUCCAGGAUCUUUUAGCCAAAACCUCAGCAAAGUUAUCUUAUGCCGAGAAGAAGAUGAACAGUUUGGAUCAGUGUUACUGUGAGAAGAGCUGCAAGGUGAAAGAUAAAGUCUACAGGGAGUCUGUGUAUUGGACAGAUGGCUGUAAGAACUGCACAUGCAAGAAUGGAACAGUGCGGUGUAAGAGGCUGAUCUGUCCCCUUGAGAAUUGUCCUCCAGGCAAAGCUCCCGUCUAUGUGGAAGGCAAAUGCUGUAAGGAAUGCCAGCCUGUAUGUGUCCUUGGCAACAAAUUCUACUAUAAUGGGCAAAGUAUGGCAGAGUGGAAAACAUCAGGAGUGUGCUAUCUAUUGGAGUGUAAGGAAAAAUCCAUGCAGCGUAUUUCAUAUCCAAGCUGUCCAUUGUUGCCUUGUUCACCUUCGAACCAAAUUUCGUUAACAGACAGCUGCUGCAAAGUUUGCAGAGGCUACGACUUCUGUGCCGAGAGCUCCGAAUGCAUUGAGAAUUCUGAAUGUGUCAACUUGGAAGCCGGUACAACCUGCAGAUGUAAAUCUGGCUUCACGUCUCUCCGUGAUGAUGAAGCCUACUGUGAAGAUAUUGAUGAGUGUGCCCAGGAUAAACACUACUGCCGAGAAAAUACUAUUUGUAUGAACAGCCCGGGUUCAUACACCUGUAUCUGCAAAAUGGGUUACAUUAAAGUGGAUGACUACUCCUGUACAGAACACGAUGAAUGUAGCACAGAUCAACACAGCUGUGAUGAGAAUGCUUUGUGUUUUAAUACUGUUGGAGGUCACAACUGCAUCUGUAAACCCGGAUAUACAGGCAAUGGUGUUCAAUGUAAGGCUUUCUGUGAGGACGGCUGCAGGAAUGGAGGUACCUGCAUUGCGCCCAAGGUCUGUGCUUGUCCACAAGGGUUCACUGGACAAUUCUGCGAAACAGACAUUGAUGAAUGUGCGGAGGGCUUUGUUCAGUGUGACAGCCGUGCUAAGUGCAUUAACCUCCCUGGAUGGUACCAUUGUGAGUGCAGGGAUGGCUACCACGAUAAUGGACUCUUUGCAGCAAAUGGAGAGACAUGUGAAGACAUUGAUGAAUGUGGGACCAGGAGGCACAGUUGCACCAAUGACACCGUCUGCUUUAACCUCGAGGGAGGUUAUGACUGUAGAUGUCCUCAUGGAAAAAACUGCACUGGGGAUUGUAUCCACGAAGGGAAAAUAAAACACAAUGGACAGAUUUGGGUGCUAGAAAAUGACAGGUGCUCAGUCUGCUCCUGCCAGAGUGGCUUGGUCUUGUGUCGACGGAUGGUCUGUGACUGUGAAAACCCAACCGUGGAUCUUUUCUGUUGCCCUGAAUGUGAUCCGCGGCUGACCAGUCAAUGUCUGAAUCAAAAUGGAGACGUGAUAUAUAAAAGUGGAGACACUUGGGAGCAAGAAUGUCAACAGUGUCAUUGUGUGCAAGGCGAGGUUGACUGUUGGCCUUUGCAGUGCCCUGAAGCUGACUGUGAAUUUAGCAUGGUCCUGGAGGGUGAAUGCUGUCCACAGUGCAUCGAGGAUCCUUGCCAGGCUAGUAAAAUCCGCAAUGAUAUCACCAAGACUUGCACAGAUGAGAUUAAUUUGGUUCGCUUCACUGGAUCAUCGUGGAUAAAACAUGGCACAGAAUGUACCCUCUGCCAAUGCAAGAACGGUCACGUCUGCUGUUCCGUGGAUCCUCAGUGCCUUCAGCAACUCUGAGCCGAACAGUAUAAAACAUAGCGUUUGUUGUGGCAUUUGUAUGAAAUUUCCUGUUAAAUCUGCAGGACAAGAGUUAUUAUCAAAACAAAGCUCUCUUCAAGAACAACUUCCCAAGUAGAAAACAACUUUAUACCAAAUACAGAAUUGCAGUUCUCUAAAAUUGAAACUGUUAUUUCAAGUGGAAAUCCCAUUGUAAAGUAAGGACUGAAACUGCAGAAGCUGAAUCUCACUUGGCAAUUGAAAAAAACAUUUGAAAGCAAGUACAAACUUGUCAGAUUGUAUGUGAAAGAAACAUUUUAACAGCAAGUUUAAAAUGAAUAUAUGUACAAGCAUGACUAGAGAGCAAGGAUUUUAACACAAGGAAAGUCAUGUGAUGUAUAUUUUCCAUUGUUUGUUUGAAUUGUUGUUUCCCCAGUUCCAAUGAUUGCUGAAUUGCUUGUCUUCGUACAAAUUCUUCAAACAUAAAUUAAAAGGUUUUGAUUCAAUUUCAAA